AUGCCACACACUUACGGCUUUACCCAACCCAGAGCCUCGCAACCAUCACAACAACAACCUGAACCCGAGGUAGAUAUCGUGCAGGAGACGCAACCCGAACCGGAGCAAGAGACAUCCAAACGUGGUAAAAGGUCACAUAAAAAGGACCCGAACCAACCUCGUCGUAAGCAAACUUACGUUAUUUGGAUGAAGGACAAGGAAUACACGUUGGUUCGGUCGUGGGUCAAUGUUUCGGAGGACCCCGAUGUGGCGAACUUUCAAACCGGUUCAGAAUUUUGGAACCGGAUUCGUGAGCUUUUUUAUAGCACGUGGGGAAAAGGUGAACACCGUUAUAAAGAUUCAAUCUCUAGCAAAUGGACUGAUAUCAACAACAAGUGUCACGCCUUCCAAGAAGUUUAUCAACAAAACUACGAUAAUCGGCCGAGCGAAGAAGGUGAUGUCGGUGUUUUAACGAGCGCUAUGGAAGAGUUCAAAAAAACGAAAGGCGUUUUCACGUACGAUAAAUGUUGGGACCUACUAAGAAACAAUCCAAAGUGGGCUGGCGUACCGACCAUGACGUCUAGUAGUAGACGUAAAACUAAAUGGUCGAAAACGUCAUCCUCCGUUAACCCUGACACACCAAUAUCUGAUGCCUGCAAUGUCGAUUUAAAUGUUGUUGUGUACGAUGAUGAGGAAGUUGAAGAGUUGACCCAACCGACCGGUAGAAGAAAGGAUAAGCGAACCGGGAAAAAACCGGUGGAGUCGUCUUCCGAUCUCGAGCUUGUAGUUUGA